AUGUUUGUUACCAUGUCUAAUUCUUUUAAACUUUUUUCUUGGAAUGUUGGAGGAGCUGGAGGGAAAGCUUUUGCUCGUUCUUUGAAGCUUGCUCUUCAGCUCCAUAGGCCUGACUUUGUUAUCUUGCUGGAACCGCAGGUCAGUGGGGAGGUAGCCAACAGGGUCUGCGACAGGAUGGGCUUUUCGGAUGUGGCCAGAGUUGAGGCUAAUGGGAGGAGUGGGGGUGUGUGGGUCUUCUGGAAUGGCGGUUCUUUCACUGUUCACAUUGCUUCGGCCGGCCCCCAACACCUUUCUCUCAUGGUGGAAAAACCUAACUCUCCGAAUUGGCUCCUAACGGCGGUCUAUGCUUCUCCGCGGCAGCAAGAGCAGAAGCUGCUUUGGAAUUUCUUGGUUAAUCAGAGCAAGGAGGUGGCCUGCCCGUGGAUUCUGACUGGCGAUUUCAACGCGAUACUGAUGCCAGAAGAAAAGUCCGGGGCUCCCACUGCUGCUACCCUCCAGCGUUGUAGGAGAUUUAGUGAUUGGAUCAAUCUGGCCGAACUGGUGGACUUGGGCUUCUCGGGACCGGCUUUUACCUGGUCUAGAGGACACGAAACUUCCUCUUACAAAGCUAGCCGCCUCGACCGGUCGCUCUGCAACUUGGCGUGGAAUGAGGCCUUCCCCAGCACGUCUGUUAUUCACCUACCACGUUUGAGCUCAGAUCACAAUCCUAUUUUGACUAUGGUUUUACCUCAGGGAGUACCUUCUCAGCUCCCUAGAAAGUUCAAGUUUGAGGCCGCCUGGCUUACCCACGAUAGCUUCAAUGAUCUGCUAACUUCUUCUUGGAAUACGCAGGUGGCUCUUCCUCAAGCUCUCCAGGAUUUUGCCAGCAAGCUUCAAGACUGGAACUGUUCCGUUUUUGGCAAUGUUCACCAUAGGAAGAUGAGACUUUUGGCAAGGACUGGCGGUAUUGAGAAGAGGCUCGCGAUCGCCUUCUGUCCGGGGUUGGCAAAGCUCCACUCUAAGUUGGGAGCCGAGCUGGAGAAAACUCUGGAGCAGGAAGAGCUUCUAUGGUUUCAGAGAGCUCGGGAGAAGUGGGUCAAGUUUGGGGAAUGCAACACAGCCUAUUUUCAUCAAAUCGCCAAAAUUAGAAGGCGGGCUAACAAGAUCGCGUGCUUGAAGAAUGAUAAUGGUGAUUGGAUCCAUGAUAUGCAGGAGCUAAAAACCCUGGUUUUUAAUUUCUAUAUCGAUCUUUAUACGCAGGAGGGGGAUCAGUAUGUUGACCACAUGCCGAAAGGAGCUUUUCCGCGGCCAAACCAGUCCGAGUGGCUUGCUUUGCUGCGUCCUUUUACCAUCUUGGAUAUCCAUAGGGCAAUCUUCGACAUGAAGCCUCUGCAAGCACCAGGUCCAGAUGGAUUCCAAGCAAUCUUCUUUCAGAAAGCUUGGAAUGUGGUAGGGAAAGCUCUGACAGACAUGGCGCUAUCUUUCUUUGAAAAUGGCUCUCUCCCAGAAGAGGUUUCCUCUUCAACAGUUGUGCUCAUCCCGAAGGGUGAGAACCCAGAAUCGGUUAGCCAGCUGCGACCAAUCUCCCUCAACAACGUCAACCUCAAGGCGAUCACUAAAGCCAUGACUAGCAGAUUGAAGCCUCUUAUGCGGAAAUUGAUUUCCCCUCGCCAGAGCAGUUUCAUCCCGGGAAGACAGACUUCGGAUAAUAUCCUUAUUGUACAGGAGGUGCUUCAUUCUCUCAAGAAGAGGCAGGGAAAGAAAGGGGGGAUUGUGGUGAAAAUUGAUCUUGAGAAGGCGUAUGACAGACUGCGCUGGGACUUUCUCAGGGACACUUUGAUAGAAGUGGGCCUCCCAAGUUCCUGGAUUCAUUGCAUUAUGUACUGUGUGGAGCAUAACCACAUGCGUAUCUUUUGGAAUGGAGAACUUUCGCACCCUAUCACUCCUUCCCGUGGCGUCCGUCAGGGAGAUCCCCUUUCACCCUAUCUUUUUGUUCUGUGUAUGGAAAGGUUGUCUCAUAGAAUUGAUCAGGCGGUUCGGGACAAGUCCUGGAAGCCUAUUAAGCUUUCGGCGAAUGGUCCGGCUCUCACCCACCUCUUUUUUGCAGAUGAUCUCAUCCUCUUCGCCGAGGCAGGAAGGUCUCAAGUUCGGAUCAUCAAACAAUGCCUGGAGGAGUUCUGUGAGAGUUCGGGGCAACGGGUCAAUUUCACCAAAUCUUCCAUGUUUGUGUCGCCAAACGUAAGGGAGGAGACAGCGCAGCUGCUAAGCACCAGAGCCUCGAUUCCUCUUACCAAGGACCUGGGGCGAUAUCUAGGGGUCCAAACCAUUCAUGGUAAGGUCACCAGAAGUCGCUACCAGGCUCUAAUUCUGAGGAUCAAGAAAAAGCUGGCGCCUUGGAAGGCUCGACGCUUGUCCUUGGCUGCAAGACUCACAGUGGUUCGAUCUGUAUCCUCCUCCAUUCCUAUUUACUCUAUGCACACUGAGCAAUUACCUGUUAAUGUUUGCAAUUCAAUAGACAAGAUUAAUAGGGACUUUGUUUGGGGCAAAGAGGAGGACCAGGGGAGGUUACACCUUGUGGCUUGGGAGAAGCUCUUGGAACCAAAGUGGCAAGGAGGAGCGGGACUUCAAUCUUUAAGACAAGCCAACCUAUCCCUCCUAGCUAAGACUGGCUGGCGCCUUCUGACGGAGAAAGACAACCUUUUGGCUCAAAUCAUGAAGGACAAGUAUGGAAGGAGGCGGAAUGGUCUGGAGAUGCUCCGUCCGAGUCAGGGAAGUUCUUUUGCUUGGAGAAGCAUGACUAAAGCUUCUGAUUUGUUGAAACGGGGCCUUGCGUGGAAUAUACACAAUGGUAAAGGCACUAAUUUCUGGAAGGAUGUGUGGUGUUUACAGGUUCCCUUGAUCGAUGUCGCGGUGCAGCCCAUCCCGGAGGAGAUGCUGGCGGAUCCGGUGGCAAGCUACGUGGACGAAGAUGGCAGAUGGGACGUCGAUCGCUUGAAGACCUGGUUGACAGAGGAAGCCCUGAACAAGGUCACGGCAGUGGCAGUGGAUCCGCUCUCCACCACUGAAGACACUCUCUUCUGGUCGGCGGCUGAAAACGGACUUUUCUCGGCUAAGUCGGCUUAUCUCAUGGCGUAUCCCAGACAACUUGUGCACAAUGAGAGCUUUUGGAAGAAGAUUUGGCGGCUCCAUGUCCCGGAAAGAGUCUGUUGCUUUACCUGGCUGGUGGCCUUGGGCAAGAUUGCCACCAAUGUGCUUCGCUUCUCCAGGAAGUGCGCGGACUCCCCGGACUGUCACAGAUGCAAUGGAAUUCCUGAGACUAUCCUACAUAUCCUCCGCGACUGCCCGCCGGCUGUUUUCUUCUGGCACAAGCAGGUUCCUCAGGCAGAGCAUCACAAUUUCUUCUCGGCUUCUGCUGAAGAUUGGAUCAAAAGCAACAUCAACAAGGAAGCGGAAAUGGAGUCAGGUAUGGCCUGGAAUGAGUUUUUUGCCUCUUCCAUAUGGUUAUUGUGGAAGAACAGGUGCACAGCCUGCUUUAAAGGUGUUGGAGCUACGUUGACUGCCCCUUCUCUAGCCAAUUCAAUCUUUCACAAGACUACCCUUUGGCACACGGCUUGGAAGUCAGACAUCUCUACUCAGCUGUUUUGCUCGCCUGUAGUCCCUAGAGUCAUAGCGAACAUCAGGUGGGUGGCGCCGCCUAGUGGAUGGAUGAAGCUAAAUGUUGAUGGGGCUUCGGCUGGGAAUCCAUGA